AUGGAUCCGUCGCAGCUCGUCGAGCCCCUGCUUUCAUCUUACGACACCGAAGACGAAGUUAGCGGAAAGAUUUCAGCGGAAGACACAUCCAGAGAGAAGAAAUCCACGCCAAUAGAACGGGCUUCCACUGAGGAACUGGAAGGUGAAGAAUCACCAUCUCCUGUGCCUUUCUUAAAACUGUACCGUUUCUCGACGGCUGGAGAGCGGUUCGUCCUCGCGCUAGGCUUGAUGGCUGGCUUGGGUGCGGCCGCCGUCAAACCUAUAGACAACCUGCUAUUUGGGGACUUCAGUAAGACUAUGGUGGACUACGGUGGAUCUCCGACAAGGAGACGGCAGCUUUCCUAG